AUGGUCGGGCAAGCAUCCACGGCUAUCCCUCCAAACAGUCCAGUUCCAGUUGAGGCCCACGAGGCUCAACUCGACACCGAGGCCACAGACCAAGCCAAUGGCGCCAGUGCGCAACACGGAGGUGCUGCUGCUCAAGCUGGCAUGAAGAUCCAGCAGAAGUACAACGAAGAACGGCAGAAGCGAACCCGGCCGGACGGCGACGCCCAGUAUGUUGAUCUGGCACUGUCAGAGCAGUUCAAGCACUAUCGAGAGGACCCCUGGCUAGACGAGCGCUCGGAAACAGUGACCAUCAGCAACGGCGAACAUGUCAAAUAUCUCAUCCUGGGAGCGGGAUGCGGCGGUCUUCUCUUCGCCAUCAAGCUCAUCAAGGCAGGCAUAUCAGCCUCCGAGAUCCGUAUCGUCGACUCCGCGGGAGGCGUGGGAGGCACGUGGUAUUACAACCGCUAUCCGGGGCUGAUGUGCGAUAUAGAGUCAUACUGCUAUCUUCCCCUUCUUGAAGAGAUGGAUUACAUGCCGAAGCACAAGUAUGCUUACGGCCACGAGAUCAGGGAAUACUUGAACGCCGUCGCGAAUAGAUUUCGACUCUCGGACACCGCAAUGUUCCGAACCAAGAUCAACACCCUCCUUUGGGACGAAUCAACGAGCCAGUGGAAAGUCGGCAUGAUCAAGGAACGCAAGUCGGGCUCUCAACUUCAGAUCGAUGUGACUGCGGAUUUCGUCAUUGCUGCGUCUGGUCUCCUUCUGCAUCCGAAACUCCCCGCCGUGUCUGGCAUCGAGAACUUCAAGGGCACCUCGUUCCACACGUCGCGCUGGGACUACUCCGUCACUGGCGGAUCACAAGAAAAUCCCGUUCUUAACAAGCUCGCUGGUAAACGGGUGGGCAUAAUCGGUACAGGUGCCACGGCGAUCCAGGCUAUUCCGCACCUCGCCAAACACGCCGGACAUCUCGUGGUCUUUCAACGGACUCCUUCUUCUGUCGACAUACGCGGCCAACGCCCUACCGACAAGGACACAUGGGCAUCUGCUGUUGCCUCUCGUCCUGGUUGGUGGAGAGACCGGAAUCUUAAUUUGGCAGCCCAUCUUUCUGGCGCAGCUCAACCCGCCGAAAGCAACCUUGUCAACGAUAAGUGGAGUACUUGCCUCUCAUAUCGUGCCCUGGUUGGAGGCCCUGAUCCGCCUUACUCGAUAGACGAGAUCCCGGCAUUUGUGGCACGUCUGUACGCUGUGGACAUGCCCCGCGCCGAACGAAUUCGUCAGCGGGUUGAUGAGAUUGUGGAGGACAAAAGGACUGCUCAGGCCCUCAAGCACUGGUACAGCUCUUGGUGCAAGCGACCAACAUUUCAUGAUGACUAUUUACCGUGCUUCAAUCUCCCAAAUGUCGAGCUUGUUGACACGGACGGAAAGGGUGUUGAUCGUCUGACGGCCACUGGAGCCAUUGUGGGCCACAAGGAGUAUCCAUUGGAUAUUCUGAUCUUCAGCACCGGCUUCCGUGCCCCUGCAAUUGGCAGCCCUGCUUUCCGUGCCAGUAUGAAAAUCACGGGCAGGAACGGCAAAGACAUGGACAAUAAGUGGGAAGAAGGAGUGGCCACGCUACAUGGGAUCAUGACACACGAUUUCCCCAACUUCUUCAUGCCUGGCCCUUUCCAAGCGGCUGCAACAGGAAACCAGAACUUCACUCAUGACAUCAUGAGUAACCACGUUGCUCAUGUUAUCUCUCAGGCUCAGGCAAAGUAUCCCGGCCAGAAAAUAGUAAUUGAGCCGACAAAGGAAGCUGAAGAGAUGUGGUCGGGGGAAAUUCUCAAGAGAAGCAUGGCCUUCGCGGGCAUGGCAGGCUGUACGCCGGGUUAUCUCAAUGGAGAAGGACUCAUGGACAAGAUGCCGAUGGAGGUGAAGAUGAAAGCUGCCAGGAUGGGAAUAUGGGGCGAGGGCAUCCAGAAUUUCAUGGAGACGCUCGAGGCUUGGGAAAAGGCUGGUCAGCUGGAAGGGUUGGAAGUGAAGCCGGUCUCUUGA